AUGGUCGACUCAAGCGAUGAUGACUUCUUCUUCUGUCAAAUUUGUGGCAACGAUGUUCCUAAACAAAAUCGAAUAAUGCACCAAAUGAUGCACGCUAGAAAAGAAAGAAAAGAAAAGGACGCGACUUCUCUUAAUGGACCUUCGAAGAAGAAACCAAAGAAGACGAAUUACAUGCGUGUGCGACCGUCUGCUCCGAAAAAGCAAGAUAGAAAACCGAAAGAAUCUACUCUGAAGAAGCCAAAGAAGCCCCGAACUCGAACAAAAAACUCUGCGAAAGAGAAGAUGAAAAAGAAACAGGAGGAACAACCGCAUUGUUCUCGAGAUCAAGUUAUAGUAAUAAGCGACUCUGAAGAUGAAGACUCUUUCGCGAACACAGCAUCCCGACAAGCUUCGAAACGAGUAUUUCAAGAGACCAUUCAAAUCUCUUCUUCUUCUGAAGAGGAGAAUUACGAGCCGGGGCCAUUGAUGGGGCGAUGUUGGUGCUGCUGGACGCGAGAUGCGACUUACGUCACAAGAUGUUGUCGCAAGAUGAUCCUGUGCGAGGACUGUAGACAAGUCCUAUACGCAUGCCGCGACCUACGAUUUUGUGUGAGAUGCAGAUCUCGUUAUUUUUAA